CAGCAGCUGUCGAGAUCAGUACCGUAACAAGGCUACAACUCAGGCUACAAGAUGCAAGUGACGUUCUCCCUUGCAGCAUUUGUAGCAGUGCUGCUUGUUACUGCACGCUGCUGCAAUGCUCAGGCAUCUUCUGGUCCUGCUACCACUAAUCCAGCCUUCCCAGGGUCCUGCUACUUCCCACAAUACGGGGUCGCGCUGAGGCCGGGCGAAAAGAGGACCCUGCGGGGCCGCUGUGUCGAGAUCUCCUGCGAGAGGCGGUCCGACGGGCAGCUGUUCGCCAGCGAGACAAAGAUGGAGUGCGGAUUGCCGGAGUUCAGGAGAAGACCCGGAGAUAUCGUCUGCGUUACGAGUCCCUGCCCGACUAGGCGACCCUGGCUGCAGGGUCGUCCAUGACGAGGCCCUGUCUAACCCCGCCUGCUGCUCCAUCCCAAUGAAAAUUUACAGACGCGGCAGCUUCUGAUUUGGAGUACCAGAAGCUGGGACGACUCUAAAUUUUGGUAGGGAUGUAGUGUGCGACCGAGAGCAGGGUCCCAUUUCAUGUUACAGUUCAAUAAAGUAUUCCUAUUCAU